UCAUCACAUCACACGGACUACGACGACGACGGGACGGUAUCGCUUUUAUAUAUCGUUUGAGGCAGUCCGUCACUGACUCUCGUGUGUGCUGAUGCUGAUGCUGAUGCUGCUAGUUAUUUAGCUGAUGUGCUCAGCCAGCCAUUCCAAAAGUGCCGAACCAAAAGUGCCUCAUCCGUCGCUGUCUACGGCUGCUUCUUCGUGUCUCGACGUUACAGUUUUUUAGUUGAAAUCGAACUCACCUUCCUCGCGAAUGUGUAAUGUACCUACCGGAGCGCGCCGUCUAGUAGUGCAUACAUUGGGAAGAGUUUCGUUCUAUCACGGGACCAUGUGAUAUUUUUUUGCUACACCGGAUUGUAUUUUAUUUGCUUUUAGUUUUAUGACAAAAGGUGGCCUCAAGUGAGUGAUAAUAGAUCUGGAAGGAUAAGUCCCCGCGAAAGCAAGUGCCGAAACUUUCACUAAAAUCGAACAAGUGUCAUUGCUAAGUGCAAGGUAGUGUCGAAUAAUGGAGGUCGGCACAAGGAGGAAAUAAAGAGCUGGCUUAUUAACUCGGUGGAACACUCCCAAUAUUUACUUUCACGUAUUUUGGGAUUUAAAUCUUCACCGUGGUAUAUAAUGAUUGUGAAAAAGAACGUCAUUCGCGUUGAUAAGAAGAAGAGUCCUAUCGAAAAGUGAAGUCCAAACAGACUCAGCAGGAAUAAGAAGAGUUCAUCGGGUCCGAACGAGAGAAAAAAAAGCACGUGAAGAAAAAAUAAAAGGUGCCGGAGCUAUAUGCGAAAAGCAAAAUUAAGAGAAGAAAUUCGCGAAUCGGAGUGAUAGUAGUAGAUUGACACGUGUAGUGUUUUGAAGCCGACUCUGUAGCUGCCGCAAGGAUUAAUUGAGACUGAAGAAAAAAGUGUUGCAUAAAAGUGUUUUGUGCUAUAACGUUCUACCGUAAAAGUGUACAAAACUCUACGGUACGGAUAUUUCAAUAUCCAAGCCACAAAAAAGCCAUCAUGUUUGUGUAGUGUGUAUGUUUCCAACCGAUCGGGAGACAAAGGAAGUUUUUCGUGGUGCCAGCGCAGAGUGAAGGGAUUGUUGUUUGUGGAGCAAUUUGCGCGAGGUGUUUACGGGUAGGCCAUUUGGCUCUAAAGUGCUUGGGGUGGGCAAGGAAGAACAGUGAGUGAGAGGGUCUGAAAUCAAGAAACCGGAUUUAGGAUUCACUGAGAGCUACAACAGUAGCGAUGGAUUCGUCGGUCGCUUGGUUCCAAGAGGAGCAAGAAGGACCAGCCAAGCGUGUGUGGAUGGGCAUUUGGGAAACUAUGGCUGAGCUGGACCCUCCGCUGACAGCUCCGGUUGAGAAUCAGAAACCGCAACGGGCUGGAACAGAAAAACCGAACCGUGUGCCGGCAAGUGGUUUGGAAAAUCGUCUAAUAGUGGCCGCCACUGGACCGAACGAUGAACAUCACCACCAUCACGGAAACGCGCUGAGCGAAAGCAACGGAAACAAUACCAACAACGGAAACGGAAAUGGUAAUAACGGAAAUAACACCCCUACUGGCCCUGGUGGCACUGUUCUAGUCAACAACAAUAACAACAACAGCGAAAAGAACUACAACCCGACCAGGAAAAAAGCCGGCAGCACCGUGGACAACAAAGCUAGUACUUACAACAUGAAUAAGCAGCACAUGCGGUUAAUCGGAAUCCACGGGGGGUGUCCUUGGCGCCCACCCAGCUUCAAGUACGACCGAGGAAUUCUGGGACUACACCAAGAGAUCGAGCAGUUCUUCGCCCACAUGAUACCGACACCGACGGAGCAUGCGCUAAGGGUACAGGUGGUCGCCCGGAUAGAAAACAUCGUGUUGAAUCUCUGGCCGAUGGCCCGGGUUGAGAUGUUCGGAUCGUUCCGUACCGGACUCUAUCUGCCUACCAGUGAUAUAGAUCUCGUUGUCAUCGGACGCUGGGAGAAGCUGCCGUUGCGUACCCUGGAAAAUGAACUGAUCAGCCGGGGUAUUGCCGAGCCGAUGUCGGUGCGGGUGCUGGACAAAGCAUCGGUUCCGAUUGUCAAGCUAACGGACCGGGAAACCCAGGUCAAGGUAGACAUUUCCUUCAACAUGCAGUCCGGCGUGCAGUCGGCCGAACUGAUUAAGGAGUUUAAAUCCAAGUACCCGGUGCUGGCCAAGCUGGUGCUGGUGCUGAAACAGUUCCUGCUGCAACGCGAUCUGAACGAGGUUUUCACCGGUGGCAUUUCCUCGUACUCGUUGAUUCUGAUGUGUAUCAGCUUCCUGCAGCUGCACCCGAGGGCCAAUCAGAAACAGACUACGAACCUUGGUGUUCUGCUAAUGGAGUUUCUCGAACUUUAUGGGCGAAAAUUUAACUACAUGAAGACUGGAAUUAGUGUUAAAAAUGGAGGACGGUAUAUUCCCAAAGAAGAGUUGCAACGUGAAAUGGUUGAUGGCCAUCGACCGAGUUUACUGUGCAUCGAAGACCCGCUUACACCUGGCAACGAUAUCGGACGAUCGUCGUACGGUGCCCUUCAGGUGAAACAGGCCUUCGAGUACGCCUACAUCGUGUUGAUGCAGGCCGUUUCCCCGCUUAAUAAAUAUCUCAACGAAUGCAACCGUCAGAGUAUACUCGGAAGGAUAAUUCGGGUAACGGAUGAGGUCAUAGACUACCGCAAGUGGAUCAAGGAAACCUUCGAGCAUAGACUGAUAGCGGCCCAAACCAUAGUGCCAACGAUACUGAACGAUCCCCUGAACCCGUAUAUUCCACUACACCUGCAGCAGCAAGGACAACUCCAACAGCAGCAACAACUCUACAGCAACAACAAUAACAUCAACAAUCGACGGAGGAACAGCCUCUCGGAUGUGGACACCUCUGAAGAAAGUAUGGACAGCGACGGGGACUCGCAUUCCAUCUCCCGGGACAUCUCACCGACGAGUAUAAACCGAUCACCGGAACUACAUGACCUGCAACAUCAGCAACACCCUCAGCACCACCAUCCCAACAGCCAAAUCGGUGGCGGCGGUCCCGUUGUUCUCCUCACCUCCCAUAUUCCACCGCCAUCGCACCCGCAUGAGGUACUGAUCGAGGAUCAGCAUCACGCCAUGGUUCAGCAGCAGCAACAGGCAUUAGACGGGUUGAACGAAAAUCAAAUGAUCAAUUAUAACAUCAAUAACCGUCGCAGUACUUCAUCCCCGCAUCAAAUGGGUACCGGUAAAAAUGUUCCGCUCAAUGUUUACACCGCCAGAAGCAGCUCAGAGCGUAUGGGCAACCAGAACAACAACAACGUUAGCAAUAACCAGCAACAAUCGACCGGGGGCGGCGGCAAUAAUAACGGCUUGGUGCGACACAAUAGCAAACACCGGCGGGCAGUGAUCGGAAUGCACUAUAACAUGAUGGGCAUGACCGGUGCUAGCCAGCAGAACCACAGCAAGGACGAAAACCUAUUGCACCAAGGCCAGAACAAUAACAACAAUAACGUGCUAAUGAGAAGCGGUGACGGUGGCGGCAUUGUUGGAGGAGGAGUUGUCAGUGGCUCGAACGGUAAGGAUCUGGCGAAAUCUGGCGGCCAACUUCCCUCCCAGCAGCUCUAUAGUCUGAACAAAAAGGCCGUCCAGAACGCAGUAAACGCGGCCGUGAAUUCAUCGUCGUCCAAGCGCAAAAAGACCAUUUCUCCAACCGAUAACAAUAAAGGCAACAAGGGUAGCGGUAGUAACAGUGGCAGCGGAAUGGAUAGUCGAUGAUAGCAUGCGCGGCACCAGCACUGUACCCGGUACGUGCACUAUUGCCUGUAGGGAUUGGGAACGAGCAGCUGUGUUCCGCGGAAGGAAUGACGCAACCUAGCUGAUCGAAAAUACAUAUUAUUUCUACAUAUGUAUAAGUUUCGCCAUUUCCGGCGUUCCGGCCAUCAUUUUGAGCAGGAUGUACUAGAAUUAAGCUAGUAUACGGAUUCGGCAAAAUGUAUAGUAAUUCAACUAUAAUCAUACGUGUAGUGAGUGUAGACUAGAUAUGAAAAAGUUAUAGCACAUCGAUAUCUAUCCAGUCCACUCCUCUAUGAUCAGUUCUCGUUAUCGUUUUCCUGUCCUAAGGCUACGCUCUUGACAGUGUCCCUAUCCAUAUCGAAGACCGCCUGUAGAAUUUCACUGCCCGCAACCGAAUUUGGACAAUGUGGACGUGUGCGCUGUAUUCCUGCUGUUGGGGAAACAUAGCAAAUUAAAAAAAAACAAUAGUCAGACGCAACUUAUAGACCUUUAUGCCAGUUAAGCUAUCAGUAAGUGCUAAAACCUAUAACAAUAAGCGUGAUAGAACAUGAUUAUCCAGCGAGAUUUAUCCGUUGCAAAAUAUUGUAACUCAACCUUUCUCUCAUUAUAAACCAUGUGACACAUUGCCAACCACACACAACAAUAAAAAAACACAUCAUCCACAAGCAUUAAGACAAAACUAAUCAAUGUUUCACAGGCAAACACUUGUUUUUGCUAUUAUCAAUAGAGUAAAUCAAGCAGACAGAUUCAUUUAAAGCUACACUAUAACAGAAAAAAACUAGAUUCUUCUAGAGUUUGGAGGGAAGUUUUUGAACCGAUCAUGUUGUGUAAAAAUGAAUAUUAUUCUGUACUCUUUCAUACAAAAAAAAAAGCUAAGAAGCUACCUAUGCCGAAAGGUCCAAGCGAAAUUACCAUCAAUAAACAAUACCUUAGUAGGUAGGGAGCAGUGACAGCAGCAGCAAGGUGAUUACCGCCUAAAGUGCGGUAAUCGGAUCAGAAUCACACAGGCCAGUUAUCGCAACUUUGCCGAUAUUAAGUAUAUCGUUAUCAUUGCUAGCGCGGAUUAAAGGGCUCUUUCAAUUGCAAAAAUUCUUUAUCUUAUUUUUUUUUUCUCUGUGUCAUAUAAUACGGCUUUUAACGAUCAUUGAAUGUAGUAAGUAUUCAUUUUUUCCCGAAAAAAAACAUAUUAUGUAAUGAGUUUUAUCAAAUAUAGAAGAAACGAAAAAAAACGAAUAAUUUUUUCAUAAAAAUAAAUUGGCCGAAGAAAACACAUACAAAACUAAAUUUAUCCAAUUGCAUCAAAAUGCUUUCUGAAUUAAAAAAAAAAACUUUUAACGAUUUUGAAUCGAGAAAACAUGUUCCUCUCUGCGAGUUCAUAGAGAAAAACAAUAAUGCAAUUGAUCAGCAGAAAGGAAACAUAAAAACAGCUGGAUUUAAGAACUUUAACUUACACACAGUUGAUUUGAAAAAAAAAAUACAUCAAAUUUGUUCUUCUGAAACAUACUUAAUAACCCUAAGGCAAAUCAAAAUUCAACCUUUUAUUUCUAUUUUCCCCAAUUGAAACGAAAAACUUUCUGUUUCACUAGCGUACGUGCAAUAUUUUGUUGCAAUGCUUAACUUAUCGAAACUGUAUCUGUUGUAUUUUAGUCUAUUGAAUGAUUUCUUUCUACUCAAACCUAAAAUAAGGCACAUUAUAAAAGAAUGGUUUCAACUCAACUGUACAUUUUAAAAUACUUGAUCAUGAUUCAUUUCUUCUCGUAUCCUCGUAUUUCUACGCUUAGUUUUCUAGAAAAAAAUAUAUUUUUCCAUUUAACUCCGAACUUUCCUCGUUUAAACUUGAACCUACAUAAUGAUUAUAUUUAUGUGUAAUGUCGAAUAAUGUCAGCCCUAAAUAUGAUUGGUAUAGAAUUGUGAUUUGUCUCAUAAUAAGCAAAUCGUAGUUAAAUCAUUAUAUGAUUGAAUUUCGAUUUUGAAAAAAUAAAAAAAAACAACGAGCUCGGAUAAUAUCAAAAGCUAGCAUUGUGAUGAUAACGAAUAUUUAGUUCUACCCAAGAAAUGCUCGCCACAGCAAUUGAAUGCGUAACUGUUUUGGAUUUAUCAAUUAUAGCAAAAUUACAUAAGUACUCCGGACCUGGCCUGGUCAAGAAUUGCUUGCAACAUGAACGAACAACAAGAGAAUGAAAGAAAAAGAACACAUAAAGCAGUCAUUUUGAGUACAAAAUCUUAAAUAUAUUAAAUCUUAUUAAACCGUAAAAGAAAACCCACAUUUGUAAUUUAUCUGUAAAAUACUAUUUAAAUCGAAUAAGUGAAAAAAAGUUAAAAUUAUUAUGUAAAUAAAGAGAAGCCCAAAAAAAAAACGAAAAUUCA